AUGUCGAAAGAAAUGGUUGUUCGUGAUCAGCAGAAUUGCAAAGUUGAAUUACCCUUUCCUCCGCCGAUUACCGUCGAUGAAAUAAUUGAAAAGCAUUUAAAAAAUGGUGUUGAAAAUGUUAACAAAACAUCAAACGCUUUUCUUAUUUAUCGAAUGGUAUAUAAUAACGAAGCCAAAGAACUUGGUUUGCCUUUAGAGGACAUAUCAAAGUUAUCGGGUAAUUCUUGGAAAAACGAACCGGAACAUAUUAAAACAUGUUAUAAGGAAAUAGCAUCUGCUGUUAAAUCAAGAUUUAAAAUUAAGUCUCCUUUAUGUUUUAUCAAUAUCCAAAAGUCACAAUUGGACGAUGAAAACAAAAGAUUCGAUGAGGAAGGACCCAAAAUCGCUGAUAAUACUGCAGUUAGUGAUAACCAGGUUUCACCAGUCAUGCCUCCGGUCAACGAACAAGAAUUUGUAAAUUCACUCCCUUCAGAACUAGCAAUGACUUAUUUGGAGCUUUCGCAGUCUAUAGAUGCUGAAAUGCAAGGUAUUUGGACAGGCACCGAUUAA